AAAUUAAAAAAAGAAUCAAGGUUGAUAUUGUCUUUUUAUUCUAAGACGAAACACGAACAUGUUUUCUGGGAAGCAGAAUACAACAAUUGAGCAAGUCGGGUUUUGAUGAACGACAAUGAACGGAGUAAGACAAAGAUUGUUACAUACGCUGCGUGGCGAUGUCCCAUCGGAAGCACUGAAAAGAAAGGCAUUAGAAUUGGAGAAGAAAAGGAAGGCGAGAAGGUCGAACAUCAAAGACCAGUUCAUCGUUCCCGUCCCUGAAUCCUUAUCUUACCUCGACACCGCCACCUUGCCCAUGAUUGUCGUUGCCGUUGGGGUUGGAAUUUUUGCAAAACUCCUCAUGAUGUAUGAUGAAUCCAGAUCACAAGAGUUGUUGGAGCGCAAGAUAAAGAAUGCUCCAGAAGGUCAAGGCACUGUGAGAAUGCUCAGCCGUGAGGAGUGGGACAAGGUUCGAGAACUCAGGCCGAGAACUCCAUUUGAGUCCAAGUUUGCCCGUCCCAAUUCCAAAAUAAGAUCUGGAGAACCAUUGCGUCUGGAGGACGUAAAGGAUUGGACAAUUGAUGUUUUCAUGGAUGCUGUUGGCAGAGCUGAAGAGUAUGGUAAACAUGGUUCUAAGUAAUGUAACAUGUCAUACCUUAACGUUUGUAUUACCUGUUAGUUAAGUUUAUUUUCAUAUGUUUAUAAUGCUCAAUAUAAAUAAUUUCCAGUACUGUGUUUUGGUGAUCUCUGUGAUGAGAUGGUAUGUAAUCAUAUUAAUUACAUUAAUUAUCUUCAUUUUCAAAUACACCCUGGAAAUUUGUAUGAA